UUCUCGGCGAAGGACCCCAUGAGCUGAGACGAACACGCUUGGACUUUCCCCUCACCAUUUGUCUGGGAAUGUCCCGCGAAACCGAGCGACUACAUCUCACACUGGCGGUCGCAGUUCGCUCAACUCCGGAUCCAGCACUCUUUCAUCGUUCGACCUUGGCAGUCGUCAAGAGCUUCGCGAGGCUGAAACCGUUCUCCUUCACACACUGACUUUUGACGCGCCUCCAGCAUCCUUCAAACGAGUAGAGUAAUUAUGUCGAAUUUCCUCUUGCCGUUCCACAAGAAGAUCCUCGAGGAGGUCCACUCGCCGGAGACGAGCGACCUUUUACUUCUGGCGCGCGGUCUGGGACUGAGGAAGCUAGUGUGCUAUCUCCUGAAGAUAUACGACUCACCCCAGAGUCUCGUCUUAUUGGUCAACGCUACCGACGAAGAGGUUGGCGGUAUUGGGGAGGAGUUGGGUGUGAUGGGAUGUCGAAGACCGGGUCUGCGAGCUGUCGGUUAUGAGAUGGGGAAGAAGGAGAGACAAGACCUCUACAAAAGAGGCGGGCUUAUCUGCGUGACUUCGCGUAUUCUCGUCGUGGAUAUGCUUCAAGGAGACAUACCCACCGAACUGAUCACCGGAAUACUCGUUCUACAUGCAGAAAGGGUUACCGCCCUUUCACUCGAAGCAUUCAUCGUCCGCCUCUAUCGUGAACGGAACACUACCGGCUUCCUCAAAGCAUUCACUGAUCAACCGGAACAUAUCACCUCCGGAUUGUCCCCACUGAAGAACAUUAUGAAGGAGCUGCAGCUUCGCCGGGUACAUAUUUACCCCAGGUUUCAUCAAGAAGUGCAACAUUCGCUCGCCCGGCGUCGCGCCGACGUCAUCGAGCUCUACCAACCCCUCACCGAAGCUAUGAGCGACAUUCACCAAGCCAUCGUUCAGUGCAUGACGACCACGUUGUCUGAGCUCAAACGCGCUAACACGACUCUGGACCUCGACGACUUCAACAUCGAAAACGCCUAUUUCCGCUCGUUCGACCUUAUCGUUCGCCGCCAGCUAGACCCUGUAUGGCACAAAGUCGGGCCACGAACGAAGCAGCUCGUGAACGACCUAGCCACUCUCCGCCGGUUGCUAUCCUACCUUCUCACGUACGACCCGCUCGCGUUCCACGCCUACCUUGAGACCCUCAUAGCGGCCAACUCCGUUUCAGCGUCUGGUGGACCGAAAGUGAACCAUAGCCCAUGGAUGCUGACCGAUGCCGCCAACAUCAUUUUUCGCGAGGCCAAGCGACGAUGCUACACCGUCAGUGCGCCAAUCGGUAAAGGCAAGGGUAAGCCCGUAGUGAUCGACCUAGCGGAUGACGAAGAUGCUUGGGACGCCCUUGAUGAAAUACAGGGUACCGUGGGCACUAAGCUCCCCACAGCAGAUCAUGGAAAAGGGAAAGAAAAGGAAGGAGAGCGACCGGCGUGGUUGCCAGAGGGUAUGGAUCCAGUGCUGGAGGAAUUGCCGAAGUGGGCUCUUCUGGCGGAGGUGCUGAAGGAGGUGGAGGAGGAGGUAAUGAGGGGCGAGCUCAAGAACCCGCAAUUGGUGUCAUUGGCACCCGGGAACAACACGGUGCUUAUCAUGACAUCGUCGUCACAGACUUCCACGCUGCUCACCGAGUUCCUCUCUUCAAUGGACAUCGACGCACCAGCUGGUCGACAAGGGAGGCGAAUGAUGGAACGCAAGCUCAAGGCGUAUCUCUGGUGGAAAGGCCGCCUUGCGGAAGAGAAAUCCGCCUCGGCCAAAGGCGGUCCCUCGUCGAGACCUAGCACAAACAAUCGUCAAGGCAGCAAUACGGUUCCCGGAACAGGAGGUACGGAUGGUCUCAGCGAAGCGCUGCGGAAGAAGGACAGGGAACGAGAAGAGAAGAGGGCAAGUCGACGAAGGGUUAGAGGCGGUGCGCCGGUGAAUCCUAUCAAGCGCGAUGAGGGUGCCAGGGAUAACGCCGCCGGAGGAAGUGGGUUGGGACAGGUUGACGUCAAGAAUGAGCUCGGGGUAGGCUUAGGAGAGGGCCAGAUUGUCAAGGAGGCGGAGGAUAUCGCGGAGUUCCUUAUGACUCAGGGACUCCGCGAUUUGAGCACCUCCGAUGGGCAAUCGACCGAAAUGGACGGCCAGAUCGCCCUGGCAAUGGACGACGACUUUCAACUCGUGCUGGAAGAAGACGGUUUCGACGAAAACUACGGACUGCUUCCUCCCUCGCAGACUGUAAUCGUCCGAGCCUACUCGGACGACGGGGAUGAUAUGAUGCUUGCAGAAAUCCAGCCGCGCUUCAUCGUGAUGUUUGAGCCGAAUCAAGACUUCGUCCGGCGGGUUGAGGUGUAUCGCAGUUCACAUCCCGGGCUGGCUGUGCGGGUAUACUUCAUGGUGUAUCAGUUGAGCUGCGAGGAGCACAGGUUUCUCGCUGCGCAGCGGAGGGAGAAGGAAGCAUUCGAGUCUCUAAUCAAGGAGCGCGGUUCAAUGCUCCUGCCUAUCUUCGAAGAGCGCCGCGCUGCCACAGGCACUACUGAAGGUCUCAUCAAGACCAUCAGCACGCGAGCAGCCGGCGGUCAGCAACGCCAGGUAAACUCCGAGCCCUCUCGAGUGAUCGUUGACAUGCGGGAGUUCCGGUCGACAUUGCCGUCGUUGUUGCAUGCGGCGAACAUCCUGGUUGUGCCGGCGACGCUGACCGUGGGUGAUUACAUCCUGACGCCGGACAUGUGUGUCGAGCGGAAGAGCUUGCCUGAUUUGGUGCAGAGUUUCACCAGCGGACGAUUAUACACACAGUGCGAGUUGAUGUCGGUGCACUACAAGCAGCCGAUAUUGCUUAUUGAGUUUGAGGAACAUAAGUCGUUCUCUCUCGAGACGGUCACCGAGAUGAAGUCGUACGCAAAGCCCACUGGCAAGUACCCACCUAAGCGCAAACCCGGCCCGGGCCCCGACCAAGACCAACCUGGCGUCACGAGCAUCCAAGCGAAACUCGUUCUGCUCGCACUCAGCUUCCCGCGGGUGCGCAUCAUCUGGUCCUCAUCGCCUUACGCCACAGCGGACAUUUUCAAGGAUCUCAAACUCAACAGCGCUGAGCCCGAUCCCGUGAAGGCGAUCACCGUCGGCGCAGAGGAGGACCCGGACGCUGGGGCGGGCGUCAACCAGGCCGCAGAGGAGCUGCUCCGCUGCCUACCGGGGAUCACCGCAAAGAACGUCAAGUACGUGAUGAGCAAGGUCGCGAGCGUGAGGCAGCUCUGUGAACUGCCUUUAGCGAAGGUGCAAGAGAUCUUGGGUGUAGAGCCAGGGAAGGCGUGUUGGGAGUUUAUACAUCGUGGAGAGGACAAGCGGACAUGAACUAUGCAGAUCGUUGUGGGACUAAAACAACUCGGAUUGCUAUGCAGAUAUUCACGAUCUAGGUGUAAGUCUCAG